AUGGCCAUAGCCACGUCGGCCCAGCUGGCCCGGGCACUCUACGACAACACCGCUGAGUCCCCCCAGGAGCUGUCCUUCCGCCGAGGGGACGUUCUACGGGUACUGCAGAGGGAGGGCGCUGGUGGGCUGGAUGGCUGGUGCCUCUGCUCUCUGCACGGCCAGCAGGGCAUUGUGCCCGCCAACAGAGUGAAGCUUCUUCCUGCGGGCCCGGCACCCCAGCCCAGCGUCACCCAGGUGCCCCCAGCCCAGCCUGGCUCACCACAUCCAGCCCCAGAGCACGGCAAUGAGGACCAGGAGGUAUAUGUGGUGCCACCCCCAGCUCGGCCCUGUCCUACCUUAGGACCUCCGGCUGGACCCUGCCUGCCCUCCCCUGAUCCCAUCUACAAGGUCCCCAGAGGGAGUGGGGCCCAACCGGCUGCCCCUGGAGACACGCUGGAGGUCUAUGAUGUGCCCCCUACUGCCGUCCGAGUUCCGUCCAGUGGCCCCUAUGACUCCCCUGCCUCCUGCACCCGCCCUCUGGCCCGGAUUGCCCCGCAGCCCCCUGGAGAGGAUGAAGCUCCCUAUGAUGUGCCCUUGACCCCAAAGCUACCGCCAGAGCUGGAACCGGAUCUGGAGUGGGAGGGGGGCAGAGAACCCGAGCCCCCCCUCUACGCUUCCCCCUCCAACCUGAAACGGGCCUCAGCCCUGCUCAAUCUAUACGAAGCGCCAGAGGAACUCCUAGCAGAUGGGGAAGGUGGAGGCACCGAUGAGGGCAUUUACGAUGUGCCCCUGCUGGGGCCAGAGGCACCCCCUUCUCCAGAGCCCCCAGGAGCCUCAGCCUCCAGUGACCUGGACACCGUGGCCCUGCUUCUGGCCAGAAGCCCCCCACUCCCACACAGGCCCCGCUUGCCCUCAGCCGAGAGCCUGUCCCGCCGCCCUCUGCCUGCCCUGCCUGUCCCUGAGGCCCCCAGCCCUUCCCCUGCUCCCUCUCCUGCUCCAGGCCGGAAAGGCAGCAUCCAGGAUCGACCUCUACCCCCACCCCCACCCCGCCUGCCUGGCUAUGGGGGCCCCAAGGUUGAGGGGGAUCCAGAGGGCGGGGAGGUAGAGGAUGAUCCAACAGGACACCAUAAUGAGUAUGAGGGCAUCCCGAUGGCUGAGGAGUACGAUUAUGUCCACCUGAAGGGCAUGGAUAAAGCUCAGGGAUCUAGGUCCCUGGAUAAGGCCUUCCCAGGGGAUCCUGAACUGCUGGAGAGGGGGUCACCGGAGCAGCAGGAGGCCCCGUCCCCAGGGGAGCCGCUGGAUCUGCCCACCGGAGACCUACAGCUCCUGCACUUCUACGCAGGCCAGUGCCAGAGCCACUACUCAGCACUGCAGGCAGCCGUGGCAGCCCUCAUGUCCAGCACCCAGGCCAAGCAGCCCCCACGCCUCUUCGUGCCCCAUGGCAAGCGGGUGGUGGUGGCCGCUCACCGCCUGGUGUUUGUAGGGGACACUCUGGGCCGGCUGGCAGCGUCCGCGCCUCUGCGAGCGCAGGUCGGGGCUGCAGGUACGGCACUGGGCCAGGCACUACGGGCCACGGUGCUGGCUGUCAAGGGGGCCGCGCUGGGCUACCCAUCCCACCCUGCGGCCCGAGAGAUGGCGCAGCGCGUGGCGGAGUUGGCAGGGCAGGCCUUGCAGUUCACCUCUCUGCUCUCCAGCCUGGCCCCCUGA